AUGUCAUCACGUCUUCAGUCAGCCAAACCGGGGAAAGGGCGCAGAGGCGUGAAUACACUGAUCGGCAGGCAUCAUCGUGUGUUACACAUGAAAUCGGCAGCAAACCCUUGCCGCCCAGAAGUUGUCAUCAAUUUGAUAUGUUUAUCGGGAGUAAAGACGUCACUGAUAACAGAUCGUCUUGCAUCCAGAGCGUUCGAAUCAUUCACGAAUUUACCAUACAAGAAUGAUUUUCGGGGCUAA